GGAACACACAGAUCUACAUGGAGCAGCCGGCCCUGCCGGGCCCUCUGGGGCCCACACAGUGGGAGUCAGAACACGCGCUUCCUCUCGGAUCUCACCCACUGGAUUCAGACAAUAGAGGCGAGCUCUGCCAAAACAAAGGUGGCCAGACUGGUUUGGAUUUCAGAAACGACGACCAGGAUCAGACUUUACAACAAAGAGAGAGAGACAACUUUCACCUGGACAAACCAGUCGAGUUUGACAACCUAAUAAAUAUCGCUGAUUUCCCCGGCGGAGGUUUGCCGUUUGAUGGAGAUCAGUUCGGUGAUUCCAAAGCUCCUCUUCGUGGUACUUCUCACAUAGAGUCCUUCACAGAAAAGAGACCCGAUGAACUGAGUGACUUCACUCUGUCGUGGCUUCUUCCUCCCAAACUCCGUGAUGUGGUUGAACGAAGCUGUGCCCACGAGGAGCCGAGCCGGACGCAGGAGGCCCGUCUGGAGAGCUCGCGGGCCCUCAGUCGUCAGCCUGAGUCAACACGCCUCAGUCCACCGGCCUCUCCAUCAAAGAUUUCAGACGGGCAUUCCGAUACCGACACGGGGGAUCCGUUUUUGUUGGUGGACCUCUCAAAUGGGUUCUCUUGUCUCCCUCCAGAGUCCCCGGGCGAGUUGAACCCACAGGGUGUCAGCGAGGAGCUGGUGGACCUGUCCCAGGAGGAGGAGGCCGGGGGGGAGGGCGAAGGCAGGGAGACUUUGUCACUUGAAACCAGAGACAAAGGUUUAUUCCCCGAUCAAGUGACCGAUCUGCCUCUCGCCUUGAGCUCGGCCCUGCCAGGUUUACCUGAGAACCGCCUCCCACCAAACAAAGUCCACGAGCCACCGGAGCGCAGCGAGGGAUCCGUGCCUUUGUUGGAUUCAGAGGUUCCGGACUGCGACGGCAGUCUGAGUCUGCGUCCGGACAUUCCUCCCGCCGGUAUCCGCGCAGAUAGACCCGUUCCGUCGGAUUCAUCGGCGGAGGAGUCGGGGGUGGAACAUGCAGGAGCGACUGUGAACAGAAGUGUGACUCCGGAGCAACGGGGGGGGAAUGACUCGUGCGCUCUGCGUCUGUCGGCCGAAGCUCCAUCGCUGACUCUGGCUGACGAUGUCUUCGCCCAGGAGGGAGCUCUGCUCCCGGAGACCUGCUCUGGGGAAACAGAGUCCACGCAUUUGAUGGAGGACGAUAUUUGUUCCGGGGACACAAAUCAAGGGAAUCGGACGAUGGCGUUGGAUCUGUGCGGCUGCCGGCGAGGUCCACGGCGAGGAGACUCUGGGCGCGAAACCCCGGGCGGGGGUCCCGGGCGGACGUGUUCCCGACCCGGCGGCCGGACGGAGGGAAGAGGAGAGGGCGACGGACGGCGGCCGGCUCGCAGGAACAGAUCGUCACCGAGGGGCUUCUUUUGACCUCUCAGUUCAGGAUUUACACACGACUUCUCCUGAGGCCGGCCGGACUCGAGAGCCAACCGGGGAGAGCACUUCUCUGUUUCAGAUGGAGGCAGAUGACUCGCUGCCGAUGGUCUCGGCCGUCACUCCGGGGGAGGAGGACGUCUCCCCGCUGAAAGCUGUGUUCGAUGCUUUAGACCAAGAUGGAGACGGCUUCGUCCGCAUUGAGGAGUUCAUGGAGUUUGCUGCCGCCUACGGGGCCGAUCAGGUGAAGGAUCUGGCCAAGUUUCUGGACCCCAGUGGACUGGGAGUGAUCAGCUUUGAAGACUUCCACCGAGGAAUCUCUGCCAUCAGCAAUGGAGGUCCGGAGCCGCCGCUCUACGGCGUGAGCUACAGCCCAGGCGAUGGAGCCGUGGGCUGCCCCGAGGACUACGACGAGCAGAACGAGGUGACGGACAGCGCGUACCUGGGCUCCGAGAGCACGUACAGCGAGUGUGAGACCUUCACCGAUGAGGACACGGCGGCCCUGGCGCCCCCCGAGAUGCACGAGGAGGUGGAGACGGACAGCGGCAUCGAGGCCGCGCUGCACGACCCCGAAGACGCCGGGAACAGGUUUUCCCUGAACUCUGAGCUACACGACCACUCGCUGGUGCCGGUCGUCGGUGGCGAGGAGGAGCACUUUGAGGACUUUGGGGAGAGCAACACCUCCGAGCUGCUCCUGGAGAGCAGCGCCGAGGGGCCCGCCCCCCCCCCCGGGCCGCCGCCCGAGCAAGUCACCGGCUCCGUCCCGCUCUCCCCCAGUGCACCUGCUCCUCUCCCUGACUGCUUUCAGAGCUUCCUCAGGGAGGAGGCGCUGGACUUUUACUGUAGCCAGUGUCACAAACAAAUAAGUCGUCUCGAGGACCUCUCCACGCGCCUCAAUUUCCUCGAGAUGACGAGCUCAGGCAAGAGGCUGUCCAGUAAGAAAGUCGCACGAAAUCUCCUCCAGAACAGCUCGAUGACUCUGGACACCAUGAGCGACUUGACGCGGGACAUCCUGGAGCUCGCGGACAACGACAUCACCGACAAGGUGCUGCUCCUCGAGCGUCGAGUGGCGGAGCUGGAGAAGGAGUCGGAGUCGUCCGGGGAGCAGCACACGCGGCUGCGCCAGGAGAACCUUCACCUGGUGCACCGAGCCAACGCCCUGGAGGAGCAGCUGAAGGAGACGGAGCUCCAGGCCGACGAGCAGCUGCAGCAGGAGACCCGGCGGCACAAGGAGGCGCUGAUCAAGCUGGAGAGGGAGCGGGGGCUGGAGCUGGAGAACCUGCAGGCCAGGCUGCAGCAGCUGGACGAGGAGAACAGCGAUCUGAGGUCAUGUGUCCCGUGUCUCCGAGCAAACAUCGAGCGACUCGAGGAGGAGAAGAGGAAGCUGCAGGAUGAGACCGACGUCAUGGCCGGCAGGCUGCAGGAGGAGACGGAGUCCCGCAGGAAGAUGGCCGACAAGCUGAGCCACGAGCGCCACCGGAGCCAGAAAGAAAAGGAGUGCACUCAGGAGCUCAUCGAGGACCUGCGUAAACAGCUGGAGCACCUGCAGCUCUACAAGCUGGAGGCCGAGGCCAAGAGAGGGCGCACGCCGGGCGCCGGGCUCCAGGAGUACCAGACACGGACCCGCGAAGCCGAGCUGGAGCAAGAGAUCAAACGACUCAAACAGGACAACCGCAGCCUGAAGGAGCAGAACGACGAGUUGAACGGCCAGAUCAUCAACCUGAGCAUCCAGGGAGCCAAGAACCUGAUGUCGGCCUCCUUCUCCGACUCGCUGGCGGCUGAGAUCAACAAUGUGUCUCGCGUGGAGUUGAUGGAGGCCGUCCACAAACAGGAGGAGAUCAACUUCAGACUGCAGGACUACAUCGACAAGAUCAUCGUGGCCAUCAUGGAGUGCAACCCCUCCAUGCUGGAGGUCAAAUAGGCCUCAAAGACAAACGACCACGAGAGGAUGGGAACAUCCUUCUGGAUCAACAACAACAACAACAACGCACUCAACUCAUCCAGCUCCCCCCACCCCCAUAAGAAGGAUUUAACAUUUUUAAGAAGGCAGUUCAAAUAAGCAUUUUUCAGUUAGAUAUCCCUUAAGUGUGUGUGUGUGUGUGUGUGUGUGUGUGUGUGUGUGUGUGUGUGUGUGUGUGUGUGUGUGUGUGUGUGUGUGUGUGUGUGUGUGUGUGUGUGUGUGUGUGUGUGUGUGUGUGUGUGUGUGUGUGUGUGUGUGUGUGUGUGUGUGUGUGUCAACCCUCAUGAAUACACUUGGGUUCUGGUGACCUCCAUGUAUUUGGCUUGAGGGACCUGAGUCUGGUGGUGAGCGUGUGAAUAUAUUAUUGUGUGCAAGAGGUCAGUAUCAUAAACGGUCAAAAAUACCCCCCCCCCCAAAAAAAAUUGUCAAUGUUUUUGAGCUAAGAAAACACAAUCAGACAGUUCUCCAGUACCGAAAGGUGUUGGUUGAGUCUGGCGUGGUGGAGGCGUGGUGGAGGCGUGUGGAGGCGUGAGGCGUGUGGCGUGUGGCGCUGAGCUCCUGAGCCGUGUUGUAUCCCAAAGGGAGGAACACGCGUGAAGCGCUGCCAUCAGGUUCCUCUUCAAGUUCACCUGUCCACUGUCCAUCAAACCCAAGUGAGGGACGCUUCUCAGGGUCGAUGACGAGGAACGCCCGGGUGUGUGUGUGUGUGUGUGUGUGCGUGUGUGCGUGAGGUGUUUGACCGUUUUGUUGGUUGUAGCUCAGAAGGUUUUAGCUUCAAUGUCCCAAAUGAAGGAGGUGGUUUAUAAUUAGUCUCAUCUUGUGUUUCACAAUGAAACGGGGUCCCGGGGCUCAGGUGGGCUGGGAAACUCAAGCGGAAACAAAAGACUACAUUUCCCAUCACUCCCAGCAAAACAGAUGAAAUACAGCAAGCUGAUCUCACUAAGUGUAGACAGAUGCUCUAACUGACUAAAUAUAACUCUUGAAUCACGCUGAAGGGAAGCUGAUGAGGGAUUCUGGGAGUUGUAGUUCUGUGUUUGCGCCCCGCCUCUGAGCCCAGUGUCCUGCUGAGUGAACGGAGCUCCUCCAGGUGACACACCUUCUGUUUGGCCGGCACGAGUGAUUUAUGUUGUUGAGACUGAAGAAUACUGACAUUCGACAAGUUGUAUGUGAAUAAUCAAAUGGUUGUACUUUGCACUAAGUUUUGAUUUUAUUUCACGAUUGUUUAGAUGAUAGAAAAGAAGAAAACACGUUUAUUGUAUUGAAGGGAUCAAAUCUAAAUGGUGAUGAUGUUGACGUCCCGCUCACAGCGACGGACAACGCGUCUCACUCAGUCUGAUUGAGAGGGAGACGUUCAAGAUAUGACUCAACUACAUUUAGCAGUCUUAAGACGAGUUAUAUUUUCUGUUACAUAUUGUAUUAUCAGCCGUCAGCAGUUCAGAUGAGCUUUCUCUCUGGCUAUUGGCCAGUUUUAUUGUUUUCCAGACCAUAUAUAUAUAUAUAUUUAUAUAUAUAUAAAUAUUACUGAAGAGAUGUGGACCUUGGUGGAGGGCAGACGACACAGAUCUGCUCUUCUUCCUCUGCUGACCGUCUCGUUCAGAGGCGUGCGGACGGCCGUCGGGCCGGUGCCGGGCGCAUCGGUGCCGCAGCGCCGUCGCUUCUGGACUUUGGACUCAGAAUCCGGGCGUGAGUUCCACCUCCCGGACCUCGUGGGGAGGUUGUUCUUCGUCCGACAGCAUGGCAUUCUGCACCAAGAUGCUCAGAAUAACUCCUCUUGCUCCCCCUGUUCACGUCUCUACGUCACUCUCUUCACCUGCCACUCCAUGUGGAAAAAAAAUGGCCUUGGAUGUAAAUGAAUUGUACAUGUAAAGUUUUUUCUACACUCAUUCUAGAUUGUAGGUAUUUUUAUAGUGGGAAGAAGAGAACAUGUCUUCUCCUUGAGAGAGACAGCUGCCUGUAUUCCUCUCGCAUGUAGCGUGUACAGUUCCUGUUGUUUCUGUUCUCCUCGUUUGGGAAUCAGAUAUUUAUUCAUCGCCACAAAUGACGAGGCUCGCCCGGCGUGAUCGGGUCCACCCGAUAUAUCUUUGUACAUUUUUUAAAUUCACGGCAAAUUCAUUGUUUUGGGGGGGAGCGUUAUUGAAUUCAGAGAGUUGCUCAAAGUCUUUGGUGACUCCAUCGUGUUCUGAGCAGCUUGAACGCGCCGCCGCCCGUCGAGGUCGCGGCGCUCUUCCGUCCCGCUGCGUUGCCGUGACCUCCUCAGGGUUGUGACUUUUGGCCGAGUCUGCAGUUCCUCCCGUUGUCUUCCCAGCUGGACUCAGGUCCUGCAUGAAAACACAGAUGCUCAUGACGCCGCUCUGGUUCAGCGGCCGAUGUUUGGACUGACAUCACAUCCGUGGUUUCGGUUCGUUGUGAGGCCUCAUGACGUCAUCGCGCUGCUGCGUCGGCUGCCUGUCUUCAGGUGUGAGCCACGGUUUCCCCAACAUCUUCGGUCUUUAUAGUCACGAAUCCUUUUGGCACUGAAACGGGAAACAGCAGGCUUCUCGUGAGUCGCUCCCCACUUCAUAUUUCGGUGCGUUCGGCAGAUAUUUUGACGACUAACGAAACAGAAAACUGAGGUUUGAGACCCCAGAGCUGACCAGACAUUCCUCUGGCUGCAGAGCUGAAGGUGACUGCACUUUAACCACCCAUCCAUUGUAACUCCUGCUUUCAAAAUGACCAAAGACAGAGGCUCCAGCUUGAACUGGUCGUUUUAGCCGUCGGGGUUCGUGACCUCUUGAUAACGUCCUCCGGUUCUUAUUCAUCCCCAGACUCCUCGCCCUGAAGGAACCCUCUGCUAGUCAAACACUGUGCCUCUGCGUCUCAAACUUUGCCUCGAUGCGAACUGACGAUGAGCCCGGGGUCAGUUUAUUAAAUUAUAAUUAUAGAACUAAACUGUAAAUAUGAAUUGUCAUUUCUGUGAACUUGUCCUCCUCUCACGCUCACUUCCAGUGUCCAAAGAAAGUUUGCUCAAGGCACAGACGUCACUACUGGAGCGUGCAUGGCUUGCCCUUCAUUACGCGACACGGGGAGAUGCAAAGAGAAUAUUGUCGAAUAGAGAAAUUGCAAAAGUUAAAUGUAUUCCUAUUUUCAAAGAUACAUGUAUAAAUUAUAACAAUAUUGGUUACAGCUGUAUAUUAUUUUUGAAGAUUCCUAAAUGAUUUAAUCAUGUUAAUGGAGAAAUAUUAUUUCAGUCAUUGUAAAAAGAACAAUUUAGAGGUAAGGCAGUGAAAGUAAGAUUAGAAAAAUAAAUGGAAUAAAACCA